UAUGGUCCAAACAACUACAUCCAAUGUUGAAUAUUCGACAGUGACAGAGGAAUCCUCAAUUGAAAGGAUUGGUGCUGACCCACUUGAAUACUGGCGAAAAGCAGCUAAUAGCAAUACUUACCCAAAUCUUCGAAAAUUGGCUAAAAUUUUUCUUUCUGCUCCCCCUUCAAGUUCAGAAUCAGAAAAAGUUGUUUCUCGAUUGGUUGAAAGCGAAGGUAUUGGAGGAGCUAGUUCUGCAAAUGGACAACUUGCUAAAGCCCAAAUAUUUUUGCAUUUUAAUUAUGAUAAUUAA